CAGGAGCAUCAUCCGAAGGCUCGGAUAAGCAGCAACACUAAAUUUAAUCGGCUGAAUUUUCUUGUACCCUCUAUCAUAGCUACUUGUAGGACAUGGCUAAACGCGCUGAAAUUUCAGAGUAUUGCUCAUUUUCGUAUUCUUUCAAAAGACUUUUGCACCUGCUGUGAAUUUGUACCCGGCCAUGGUCGCCCUAAUGAAUUCCUCGAAAGCUUUUUCCAUUCGGUCACUGUUGCUGUACAAUUUUGCCGACACAGAAAGCAUCUACGCCAUUGCAAAGGAGCUGCCUAUUCCGAUAAAGUUUCUUCCACAUCAGUCCUAGAUUUGGAUUGUGAAUUCGCAGGCUCUAUUCCAUGGAAUGACAACAGAUGUUACGCGACAGGAUAUAGGGACUCCGAAUUUAUUGUGGGAAAAAAGAUUGAUGUUCUCACUUCAGCCGAGCUUUGAACGGCCCGCGUUUCUAAAGAAACAAAUCCGCUAUAUUCUUAGCGCGAUGCCGAACAGGAUUUUGAUUCUAGCGACUCAUUCCCACAAGCAAGGCCUUCACGAAUUUGCAGAUGCACUUUGUAGUGUGGUUACCGUGACCUCAGAAGGCAUAAACGCCCCUCAUGACCACUACCGUAUGUGCGCAUCUAGAAAGAGAACGUUCACGUCAGCGCUGAUUGCUCAAGAGAAACUGUCUACAUUUCCAAAGCAUCAGUUGAUCAGAAUGGCAACGAGCGAACAAGACCUGCCUGUCCCACUCACAUCCAGAAGCUUUGGCGCUGUUAGACGCGUAUAAGUCACUCAACAACACAAUUGUUGAGCUGAAAUCUGUGCAAUGGUACCACGUGAAGGACAGGCGCGCUGAUAUAUCACUUACGCCAAUGUCGGCGCUCGUCUUACAUGAUUGUUGUAUAUUUGCAGAUGCCCAUUAUUCGCCAUCGCCAAGGUGUUUUUUCACAGCCAUGCGACGCUUUUCAGAGAUGACGUUUAUUGACUCAUGGACAUCUCUCUACUGGCUUGGCGUGUGUCUCACUAUACUCUCGGGAAUAGUCGCAGCCUAUGUGAGCGCGCGAUGUCGUUUAUUGUGCAGCAGACAAACACGUCCACCUGUUUCCCACAUUAUUAUGUUUCUUGUAAGUACAUUGCUCGGAAAAUCUCCAUCGUCAUCGCUCGCUAACAGUCAGGCUUUUCGAGGCUUUGUCAGCGCUUUUUGGGCCCUUGGCAUGAUGGUUCUGGGUUUUUACAUCCAGUCUAGUAUCACCGCCAUUCGGCUAACACCGGUCAAUGUCAGGAAAAUCGGCUCCAUUGAGGAAUUGGAACGAUUUGUUCUCGCUGGUAUAGUAACUCCAUGCUUCAACGUUGAAUGGUACUACAUCAUGCCAUCAAUAAUGGAAAACAAAGAUAAUUUACAUUUAAGGAAUGUAUUGUACGUCGGAAUGUACAGUAAACGAAGGAUCGAUCCUAGCACUCCCUUAUCAGAAUGCUACCGCGGAACACAGUUAGGAACGCACGUGUCCCUCUCUGUGUGUACUGAUGACGAAAUUGCCGUGGCUUCUCAAUGGGACCUUGUUCCUGGUCAACAUUUCAUCACAACCAUUCAAGCACCUGGGAUCAACAUCAUGAAUCCACAUAGAUACAAGAACAGGCGUCUUCUUCUGGCUAUAAUGGAGGCUGGACUUGCGAAGCCUCACAGAAAAAUCAUGCAGCCACAGGGUAUCAGCGAGCAAGACACAGCGGAGCCUUUCAAGUUGUAUGUGACGCCGUACAUCGUGGGCUGUGGGAUGAGUUUUUUGGUCUUUGCUUUAGAGGUGUUCAUGCAAUCAGGCCUGUGGCAUUUUGUCUCCUAACAAUGUGCCCUUUUCAUACAGGCCGCCUACAAGUACUCUUUUGGGUUGCUUCAAAGGCAGCGUAUUGGAACGUACCCAUAACACCUUACUGCACAGUAACACUAUACAUACGCCUCUGUAUCAUGUGCAGUGCAUUCGCAUUUUCUCCAUUGCUACACACAUUCUCGCCCUAUCGCAGCCGCCCUCAGAAAGCUGACGCAUUAACGUAUUAGAGAUAGGCAGAAAUGCUUACUGAAGUUCUUGCACAGUAAAAUUCCAGCCACUAUACCAAAGGAUACAUGCUGCUGCUGUAUGGCAUAGGCGAUACACCAAACAAGGAAACACGUCUUUAUGAAUGUGCAAUGCUUGGUCAUACAAAAACUCACAGUGCCACUUAUGCAUUAUCCUAAGACAAGUCGAAGGCGUAAGCCGUCUUCUUCUUCUCCUCCUUUUUUCUUAUUAGUGGAUGUAUUAAUGCUUCCCCGCCCCCUCCGAAAGCUUUCUGCGUCUCAUCUGGUUUUGCACCACCUCCGUGAUCGGCCCACUUUUCUCCAAGCGAUGAUUGCAUGAGCUGAAUGCUGCCAGUGACGUCAUGUUCUACGACUUUAUAGGGACGCUAUUAUCACGUCACAAAAUUUUCACCAUAUGUGGUGUCAUGAAGAUGUCAUAUGGUGACGUCAUCUGGUGAUGAUCAUUACCAUCACUACUGCUGGCGUUCAAUAAUUCUAUUGGCUCCCAUGAAACAGGCAAUAUUUCAGCUCAGUAGAUCUCAAUAUCGUGGAACACGCGUAGGAUUGCAGGUAGAAGCGUUAUGUUGCAUGCCGAGUCUGUUCGGCACAUGGCAACCAUGAUUCAUAGAUUUAAAGAUGCGGCAAAGAGCACACAAUUGUUUAAAAUCGUGCCAUUAUUAUGCGACUCAUGCAUAUCUUUACUGCACUACUCCAGUUCUUCUUUCCUAAGUUCUCAAGACACUGGACUCUAUAUGUAAAGAUAUUCUAAGACGAGACUAUUUUCGCCAACAUGAACACGUCUCAGAGUAUCUUUCGCUGAAUAUUUCGAGUGAAAAUGACGAUAAUAUUAGCGCCUGAGGUAGAGCUCAAUAUACCAAGCAUUUACAUAGACACUACACUGCAGAGAAUCUUGUAGUUCAAGAGAAGAAAGUUUAGGCCUUCGUACGGAAUACUUUCAGGAAGGGUACAGUUCUGCUGCAGCAUAUAAGCAUCUCUUCGUUGCAAGAGAAUUUUAGGCUAACCUGUUGAUUUAUCUCUUUCCCCCGCUAUUUCCUUUCUAUUGAGCUCCAACUACUUUCCCCAAUUUUCGCCUCCCGCAUUGUGCCUGUAUUAAUGUCGCACAUGUAAAAAUAUGCCGCUGCAGGGAUACGUCUCUAUUCGCUGCGUGAGAUCCUGCUCCGAGCAUGGUCGGGCUGCGGUUAUCAGCAAAAGCAUACGGUUUUUCUCCAGUAGAAAGAAAAUGAACUUUUGCUUACAUAGGCCCGUGGCGAUAUGGCAGAGUUUUCCUAGGAUAGCUCACAGGCUGCCGAGAGCACACAACUCCAAUUUUCCCUCUACAUGUGUUGCCUUUUAGGAAUGCAUUUACACCUUUCAGUAGGAAAGUUAGUAAUAUCGCUGCGGGAUAUGGGUAGCCGAGAGAUUUUUGCUAUAUAACAGUUUAACUUCGAACUCUUGCAACGCUAUGCUGGAAAAAGAUGACUCAUGACGAAGCGCCUAUAUUACUGUGUGAAAAGACAGAGAAAUAAUCACGAUGAUUUAUAGAAUUUGCACGUAGUUUGCGCAAUAAAAGAAAUAAUUAGAUAAAUCACCGCAAUCAUGUCAUUUGAUGGCGUGUAACGUGCAAACUCACAUGAAAAAUUGUUCUGUGAUGAUGUGCCUUCUUAUAUUUGCUGUUUAUUUUCCACUUGUGUACGUAAUCUGAAGUGAUCAAAAUAAAAGUUGA